AUGGCGUACCUUGCACGGCGGCUUUCCAAUUCCAUGUUCCCCUUAGGUUCCGCACCCCACAAGGCACGCGUUCCCGACAACGACGGUGACCUCUACCGCGAGGCGGUGAACUUCGCCGACGUGGAGAGGCUUCUUCUUGCGGGGGCGCUUGAGACCGGCUUCAAACCCAUCGCGCAGGAUGCCGCCUGCGGCAUCUCACUCCACAGCCGGCCCAUUGAAGAAUGCCCCGUGCAUCUCAUGCGCGCAGAGGUGGGGCUGCCGUGCCGACCUGCCGAGGUAUUGGCGUACCUUAACGUGUCCACGCGACGAAGGUGGGACAGGCAUAUCGCAGAGUUGCGCGCUGUGCGGAUCCUCCCACGUCCGGGCGGGAUUUCAGGAGACGCUGACAUUGCGGAUGUCGACAGUGUGGUGGAACUCCAACUGAAGCCCGGGCAGAGACGGGUUGCGUUGUACUAUAUGGCAGUACGUACCUCAAUCCCUCUCGUGCAGAACAGAGAUUUUGAGAUGGUGGUGGCGGAGGAGGUGCGCCGUGACGGAACGGUGUGGGUCAAGGCGUUUUCUACUCCACUCGGAUAUGUGGAGCCGCUCGAUCCCUGCCAGUCCAAUUACGUGCGGGCGCUUAUGCUUUUUUCAGGCAUUCUAGCGCGUUCGGUGCUUAACUCGAAGGGCGAUAUGGAGUGCCACGUUAGUUAUGUCGCCCUUGUGCACCCUAUGGGUCACAUCCCCUCCGCUGUGGUCAACUUCGUGCUGAGCGCCCAGCUGAACGCCUUGAAAGGGCUACAGCGCUUCAUUCUGCAGAAUCCACUUUCCACUCUUGCCGCGGGGAUCACAGCCAGCGAGGUGAACCAUGGAAACACCGCUAAUCGUUCGGAGGCGGCGGAGCAAACGGGCAGGCAGAACGCUGGACAGCCUAUGACUACCGGUGUGGUGAGACAGCAGGGAGUGGCCGGCAAUGCCGGCGGUAGCAGGAACAAAGCGGAAACAACAAGAGGUCAUGUCACCUCCGAGGUGCGACGGAGAUUCGCAUCACUUAAGGCACGGGUGAGGAGAAAUCUGCCGUCAAAGUUGUAG